AUGGCAAGUGCAUGCCGAAUAUUUUGUAAAAACAUUAAAAAUACACCAUUAUCAAAAAUAAUUACAACAAAAUUACGAGUGUCUACAAUGGAAUUUAUUCGACCUUAUAGUCAUGGUGAAGAACAAGACAAGUUAGCUACUUUAAAACAUGGUGCUUUUGCCGAGUUUUAUGAAAAAACCAAAGAGAACAAACAAGUUGUUGAAGAAGACCAAGACUUUGAAAUGCUUUUGAGGAAUUCAAAUUUUAUAAAUCUUGGUGAUCCUGAGGGCAAACAAGUGAUCGGAACUAUAUUUCAUAUUGUUGAUAAUGAUUUGUACAUUGACUUUGGAUGGAAAUUCCAUUGUGUUUGUACAAGACCAAUUAAAAAUGCUGAUUCUUUUGUACGAGGAUCACAAGUAAAAUUAAGGAUCAAGUCCUUAGAAUUAGCUACUCGGUUUUUGGGCUCUGAAAAAGAUUUAACCCUACUCGAAGCAGAUGCAGCACUUUUGAGUCUUCACAAACCAAUAAAAUAUUAG